AUGAAUGAAAUGUCUAGAAAUGAGAGAGAAUCUUCAGAGGAAAGAAAACUAGAACUAAGGCUUGCUCCACCCGGUGUUGAAAACUGGUUUCUUCACCACAACAACAAGAACAAACAAAGAGAUCUUGAUAAUCAUGACUCCAAACUCUCUCUUGGUACUACUUACUUUUCAACAAACAAUACAUCAUUUCUUCACUUUCCAUCAAACCAACAUGUGAGAGGCAAAGAAUCUUCAUCAUCACAAGCCUGUUGUCCUAAGCUAGUAGAGUUACAGAAUGGUGAUAAUAACAAAGUUACAGCUGUUUCCAACACUUCUCAGAAAAGAACUGCUCCUGGACCAGUAGUAGGUUGGCCACCAAUUCGUUCAUUCAGGAAGAAUCUUGCAACAACAAGUAGCAAUUCUAAACCAUUAUCACAAACUGAAUCUCAGACACAACAUCAAAACAAGGUUGUUGCUGGUAAAAAACCUAUUGAUAACAACUAUGGUAGUAAAGGUUUGUUUGUUAAGAUCAACAUGGAUGGUGUUCCUAUUGGUAGAAAAGUUGAUCUCAAAGCUUAUCAUAGCUAUGAAAAUCUCUCCAUAGCUGUUGAUGAACUCUUUAGAGGACUCCUUAAAGCUCAAGGAGAUUCUUGUGGAAGUAAGAAAAAUGAAGAUGAAGAAAAAGUGGUUAGUGGAAUAUUGGAUGGAAGUGGAGAAUAUACUCUUGUAUAUGAGGAUAAUGAAGGAGACAGGAUGCUUGUUGGUGAUGUCCCAUGGCAUAUGUUUGUAUCAACAGUGAAGAGGCUUAGAGUGUUGAAGAGUACAGAGCUUUCUGCAUUUACACUUGGGACUACUAAGCAAGAGAAGAUAUGUACUUGA